UGUGUUAAAAACUGAUGCGGCUUCUACCUUGUGACAGCCAGAAUGUUGUUUGUAGCUCAAGAUGAAUUGAUACCAUUCGUGAGUGAGGCAUUAGACACUUUUCAUAUAUUAUAAUUCAACAAAUAAGUGUUUUACAGGUACGGGCAAUCGCUUUUUGGGAACAUCCGAAAUUACUUUUUGGCAGAUGAUCAUAUUUUGGCACACCAGAAGAUAUAAAACACAGACAGAACCACAAGAUAAUUAACACAUACAGAGCAAAUGUCUUAAACGAUGUCGGCAGUUGGGUAAAUGUAAAUUACGGCUUUUUAACAGUUCUGUUCCAGCUUUCGAACAUCCCCCAGCUGACCUGUUAUGCCGGAAGGUGACGAUAGCAUCGGCUGUGCCAGUCCCCUGCCACACCGUCAACUCUGUGCAUGCAAGACUCCGCCCAAAAUCUCCGCUUUUUACACGCCCGGGGACUAAAGAAAAUAAUUAUCCGAGCAGCAGCAUUUGACAGAGGAAGCGGAGAAGGCGAGGAGAGCUCCCCUGGGAUACUCAAAGGACUGUGGACACGCUCUGUUCUGCGAUGCUACGCAAAAGAGACACAGCUUAAGACAAGAUUGAAGAGAGAAGAAUUCGCACAAAGCACCACUGACUUGACAGCAGCUCACAGCCAUAAUGUUGCACUACAGAGUGAACCGCAACACCAUGAAGUUCCAAGUGAUCCUAUUUGGGGCAGCAUUGUUGCUGGUCAGCGGCUGGUACAUGCAGCUCAGCCUCUAUGACCCGCAACCCUCCAAUGACAAAGUCCACGUUCUAUUAUUGUCAUCAUGGAGAUCAGGCUCAUCCUUCCUGGGCCAGGUAUUCAGUCAGCACCCGUCUGUCUUCUAUCUUAUGGAGCCUGGCUGGCAUGUGUGGACCCAGCUGAGGCAAAAUGGUGCACGGGCACUUCGAAUGGCAGUGAGGGAUCUCUUACGGAGCGUGUUCCCGUGUGACUUCUCAGUGAUGGAGUCCUACCUUCCAGAGAACCCCAAUGUGUCGUCUUUGUUUAUGUGGAGUCACAGUCGAGCUCUGUGCUCACCACCAAUCUGUUCUCUUACACCACGUAAUCAGUUCAGCAACCAGACUCUGUGCCUAGAGAAAUGUGGUGCUGAGGGACUGCAGGGGGUAGAGCAGGCGUGUGACUCUUACUCUCACGUGGUGUACAAAGAUGUGCGGCUCUUUGAACUGGAAUCACUUUAUCCACUUUUGCAGGACUCGAACUUAAAUCUCCGCAUCAUCCACCUGGUCCGAGACCCACGGGCAGUUGUGCGGUCUAGGGAAGAGUCAGCCAAGGCCUUUAUGAGUGAUAACGCAAUCGUCUUGGAACAGAAACGCAUUAAGGAAGCAGAGGUACAGUAUCAGGUCAUGCAGGAGAUUUGUCGCAGCCAUGUGCGUAUCAACGAGAGGGCGGUCCUGAAGCCCCCUCCGUUUCUAAAAGGCCGCUACAAAUUGGUUCGCUACGAGGACAUGGCACGCAAUCCACUCGAGGAGAUCAAUGCCAUGUAUCAGUUUGUAGGUCUGGAGAUGACCACAGAGCUGGCCACAUGGAUCUACAAGGUGACCCACGGAAAAGGCAAAGGCUCUAUUAAAGAGGCCUUCAAGAUCACGUCGAGGAGCGCUACCAACGUCUCCCAGGCUUGGCGCACCAUGCUGCCACACAGCAAGGUCAGACGAAUCCAGGAAGUGUGUAAAGGGGCCAUGUCGUUGCUCGGGUACAGGACGGUGAACAGUGAAAAGGAACAGAAGAGGCUUGACAUAGAUCUCCUGGUGCCACGGGAACCCUAUCAGUUCAGCUGGUUGCCUGAUAAAACACAGCACCCUAACAACAAUUAGAACUGGAAUGACAAAGACUUGUUAAAACAGGAAUAAAAACAGACUUUUUAAAGAAUGGACUACUCAAAGGACCGGAUAACGGUACCACCCUGCCCUGGUUCUUCUUGUUUCGGAGGCCGAAGUGGGGACACCAAUAAUACCAAAACUGAAACCAUUAACUCUGGGGUAAACCAAGGUCAAAAGCAAGAAAUCAAACUAAUCAAAACUAGGUCUGCUGUUGGUGUCAGCUGCUGUCAGGGGAUGUAUGGAGACACAGUUUUUGAAGUGGCCAGUUGACAGUGGGGGCCAAUCAGCAGAUGCCAUUUUGAAGCCAGCCCAAAACAGCUCACCCAAUCAGACAAGGGACAUGUAUAGUCUCUUAAAGGCACAGACCACACACAAAAACAGUCCACAGACUCACUGACAAAAUAAUUUAUGACAAAAUGAUGUAACAUAACCAAAAUCCUGAUUUAUGAUGUGCCACAUUAAACACACAGAGCCGGCCAUUGGCCGUUGCAUGCCACAUUGUUUUAAGCAUAUGCAUCAAACCAUUGUCUCCUGAAGGCUUGAUUCAUGAUGAUAAUGAUGCUAUUUGAUGCUUUCUAGUGGCUACUCUUGCUCUUCAAAUCCCUUAUGUGCACCUCAAGGACAACCAAGAUGUAUAGAACAAAUAAAUACAAAUGUUUCCUAUGCAAAGUCUUUAAUGGUGCAACACGAUGCAUAAAUACUGACCAGCCUCCAAGUAUCACCAGCACCUGAUGUGUUAACGCACUAAUAGCACUUAGAACUGAAGGGCUACUCAUUUGGCACCUCACAUACUUUUCUCAUGCUGAUAGUGUGAGAAAAGUUAAGAAGCUGCAGAGAGCCGUGAGAAAAUGCAUUAGCACAAUGAAACGCACCUACCCUCUCUUAGCAAUGUGCAUAUUAUUAAUACGGUACAGCCAGGAAUCUCACUAACUGGACUCAAGCUUAAUUCAUCCCGCAGUAAAAAGUAAUGGGCGGAAAUCACCAGACACCCUGCAGUAUAAAAAAACAGGUAUUGACAAAAAAUCAUGUUUUUUUUGCUCCAAAAUGAGUCAAGCACGCCAACGCUGUUACUAAAACCUGCCAUAAAUGUUGCUUUAAGAUGGAGUCAGUCUGCUGUUACUCUGCAAAUGAAUGUCUGACACAUCAAAAUAUAUUGAUGUAACUGACAAAAGUCUCACAGCAUGGGAUAGAUUAUCUGUUCCUUCUCAGACCUGCUCUCAGCUCAGAACUAACAGCAUUAUUUUGCAUCCUGGCUCCAUUUAAGUGCCUGAGAAUUUAAACAUUAUUUUUUAGCUUCCACUUGAAACUCCUCACUUCCACGGUGUAUUGUAGCUAUGAAGGUAUGCAUUCAUGAAGGAGUGGAAUUAACAUGUUUACUUAAACUGGAUAAAAGUGCUCAGUGUCAUUAUUUACAUUUGUUUACGGGAUCUGUCUGUUUUAUUGAUUAAUACUUGAUUACACUGAAAUGUCUUUUAAUGAGUAGCAAAUGUUAAAUCACGUUGAUUUAUAUCUUUACAGUAAGAGAAAAAGGAUAAAUGAACUACUGUUAAUCGUGUUUAGGGUGCUUUGUAGUAAAAAAUGUACAUUAAUUUUUUUAAUGCAUAAAAAAUUGUCACGGGUUUUUUUUUUAAAGAUGGACUUCAGCUAUAACUUGGUGUGAGUUUUGUGUUUCAUAUAUGACUUAGUGUUCUGAUUGAAACAAUAUCUUCACUUGUACAUUUUUGGAAACUUGCUAUGAAGUACAGAAGUGUUUUACAUCAUGGAGUAAAAUACAUAACAAAGUAUUGUUUAUUUGAGAUGAUAUGUACUCUGAUUUAAGGUUUAUUUCAUCAAUGGGAACUUUAAAUGGGUUAUUCUGCUCAUUAAAAACACUGGUUAGAAUCUAUUUUGUACUGGUUCGGGUCUCUUUUCCAUAAGCAAAGAUAAAAUCUUAAAUACACAGACUCAAGAUCUCAAAAGGAAACUAGUGCUCUCCAGUUUGAAGGGAUGGGCGGUCCAGCAAGCUCAAAGCAGAGCAAAGAGUAGUGGAAAAAUUAGAGGCAUGUUUUGACGUGAAACUGAACAUGCGUUGGAGAAUACCACCACUAAUCAUCUGACCAUAGAGCCCUGUACUAGGAAGCAUGUUCUCAGAAGAGUAAAGAAUAAAAAUAGUACCGUUCACAAUACAUAAACAACAUAGUUAAAAUAAAAGGUCACAGGCGGACACUGCCAGGGCCUAACAUUUACUGUGAGAUGCAAAAAUUUACACAUGGGUUACUCUGUUUCAAAACAGCCAACGUUCAGAACACUUCCUGUUCGACUGUCUCUGUUUUACGUUCAUGGUAGAAAAUGUGAAAUGGCUGUUUAAAAUAUUAAAAACAAUUUCAAGCUGUCCUGGAAAGUUGCAUAUUUGAGCACAAAUAAUUCAAAUAACUUUCUUAUUUAAUUAAUAUUUCACUACAAUACAAAAUUAAGGAUAUAGAAUACUUUUCAACAAGAAAAUGGCAUUUAUUGUAAAUAAAAUGCCAUUUUCAUUCACUUUCAUGUUGAUUCUAGUAACCAUGGCAGGUUAUCUUUGACAGUCUUUGAGAUAUUCAUGUUCAAUCAUUGUAGAAGAUUUCACUAUGCAAAAAAGGCCUGAAAGCGGCUCAGAAGACCUUGAAAAACAUAUGGAUCUGAGAGUAUUUGAUAUUGCAAGAUUGUGCAAGAGAAUGUGAGAAUGCUAGUUGAAUAAAUGUACAUUUCACCAUAUUGUUGUUCACAUAGGAAUCUGGUUUAACACGAGAACAACUGACAGGAGUCAGCAAAAGGUCCCCUGUCACUGGUGGGUGUCUUUUUGGGUUUUUAACACUUUGCCUGGAAACAGGUAUAUUCUGGCAUGGUGACGGACGUACGUACCUGCUAAAGAAAGUGGAGUUGCAUACAGUCUCACAGAGAAUGGUUUCCUGAAGUGUUCUGAAACACUCUAUGGCAGCAGGGUUUAAGUCUGAGGAUAAGGAGCUCUGCUACCUCGGUACUGUGGAGUGGAGCGAGUGCAAUCGAUUGUCCAUCAUUCAGUGGCGCUCAUCGACUCAAACCUCCAGAUUCUGGCAAAAAAAUGGUUCCAGCUUCGUUGAUCCUGCUGAUGCUGUCCACGAAGUAUUGAAUGGAUUUUGAAAUUUGUUUCCAUACCCUACCAUCAGGGCAACACUUCACACUUUCAUUUCACAACUUGAUAACACAAUGUCCUUACAAAACAGUUUUCAUUGUCCUAUAGCCUGAAAUCUUACAUCAAGCAUCCUUACCAGGGGCGUCAAACUUCUGGCCCGCAAUACCAUUAAGCUCCUUUUUCAUUAGUACCUACUUGGAUUGACCCACCACAACUUGACUCUGAUCCAUUGGUUUUCCAUUACAAUCGAGUGCUACCUAAUGUGUGUGGUCUUCGUCAUAGCAACGCUGACGAGAGUCCUGUGACAUAAUUAGUAUGUGACAUGAAUGCUACAACAAAGGUGGAUGUCGAGGCAACGAUGUAACUGUUGCUCAGUCUGUGGUUUUUUGUGAGACUGGAUGAACAGAGCAUGGUUUUUGUAGCCAUUUUCCUCAUUGCUGGAUUUCAGAAAUAGCAGCUUUGAUUUUUGUGAAUAACCCACUGAGUGAUGCCACUGACCAGCCAAUUGGUGGCACGCACUCUGGGUAUGAUGUCAUAUUUUAGUACCUGCUUGAAUUGCUUGGAACCCCAGCUGAGCAGUUACUAUUCUGCUAUUCUGUUAUAUAUAACUGGUCUGCAAGAUAAUUUCAUAUGUCAGCUAUAAAUGACCCUUUGGUAUUUGCAUGUAACUGGCCUGCAUGAUAUGCCCAUGGAAGUAAAGUCCCAAAGUCCAAAGUGGACUUUGGACAGCAAAUUUCAGGACAAUUAUGACAUAAUCUUUCAGAAAACGAGCUUAAAAAUAACAAGUCACUUAAAAUAUUAAUUGACUCAGAUGACUCUCUGAUUUUGAGAAUCAACUUUGCUGCCCUUUGAAAUCAGUGGAGGAUAACAGCACUGUGGUUGCAGAUAAGUAUUUCUAAUAAUCGCCAAACUGCCUAUAAUUAUUAUUUUUUAUUAUUUUAAUUAUUUGGUCUUUUGCAGAAUGAUACCUAGACUACCUAGACCUUUGUCAUAUCAGACAAAGAAAAGCGGAUGUUGAUAAGUCAGCAUAUCUGCUUGUAAAAUAGCUGAAAUAAUUAAGUGAUUAUUAAAACAUGCAUUAUCUUCCACCAAUCAUCCCUCUUGAUAAAAGACAGCACACUAAAUGUUGUUACAGAAAGUAUAACCGGUAUAAUGGGAAGCUUCUGAAAGUCAGGGGUGUUGAGUGUUUUAGUGUGUGCGGGUUGCAAAAACAAUGAAAAACCUGUCAAAUCCUCUCUUACAGUGACACGCAGCUUGUUCUGCUACAUGCUCUUGUUUGGUGACGUACCACAAACUUGGACAGUCUUUCCAGUUGUUUUGCAAUUUCGAUGUGAGCUCAUGCUUUAACGGUAACUGCAAAACCUGAUGAAUGACUUCUUUGUAGCUGCACACACGUAUGAUGGAUAUUUCCCAAACUCUGAUUUUGACAGACUUACGCGCUCUAAGAAUCGGUGUCCCACUGUGUCAUGCUAUCACGACUGCUGCAGAUGCACUAGAUACUGUUAAAUUAAUAGUUAACCUGACCUUGGUUCUUACUGCAGUAAGCCUUGAUGUGGGUAUUUACGUUUUCGUGAUCAGACUGUAUGACAGAACUUUAUGGCUGUUAUACUCACUGCUGUACCUCUCUCAACUUCCUCCAUAUAUAUUGACAACUAUUUCAAUUAGAAAUUUCACAUUUGGAUGCAUCACUCCAUCAGACCUGUUGUCACUGAUUUUUGAGUCCAGUUCUUUUGGCAUCCCUCAGCCUUUCGUCCCUGUUCCACACAGUGACCGUUCGAGUGAAAUCAUUUCUGAUGAUGCUUCAGUGAAAAGUAGAUGAAUCAACCGAAGGGCCAGACACAUCACUCAGGUCUGGCAUCUAGAUUUCUUUCCCCUGUGUCUUAAGGACUUAAAGACUACUAGGUGUCUUCUGUAGACAGGUUUUCUGCUAUUAGCUCUUACUUGUUCAGUGUGUUUAAGAAAGCCAGUACUUGUCCUUAACUGUAAAAUCAAUAAAAAGUAGUAAGGUGUCCAAAGCAGCGGUUUCCAGCAUAUGUCGGAUACAUUUACAUCCGUAAAUGUUUGGAAAGUGACAUGAAGUUGUAACUUUACUUCGUAAACCAUCUCUGUGAAUUUGAAAUCAAACGAUAUGUUAUUGAAGUCAGUUUCCACUCAAAAGUAAUCGUACAAACUAUGAUUUAAGGCACAACAAAGAAGGGAAAAAAGUAUUUGUACAUAUGUUAUGUGCUUCUGUUAUGUGGGGUGGCUGUAGCUCAGGAGGUAGAGAAGGUAAUCUACUGACUGGAACGUUGGCAGUUUGAUCCGUUUGCUGCUUUGAUCUAUAUGCCAAAUAUCCUUGAGCAAGAUUCAAUUGUUUUAAGAGUAAAACACUGGCAUAGAAUAAAUGUGUCAUUCACUGUAAUGAGUGAGAGAAUGAAGUGUGCUAGCUACUAUUGCUUUCUAUUUCACUUUGUAAAACGAGUCAAUCAAAAAUUGUAUAGGACUAAUGACAGCAAUAAAUAUUGAAAUGUAUCCCUGUCUGUUUUUAAGAACCUUGACAGCGUCACACUGUAAGAGGAUGAGGUUUUCUUAACAGAGGAUAUCACUGGGAUGCCAUGGUUUGCUUGAGUCACUAAUAAACAUAUCGUAUUCUUAUUUUCAUGCUUUCUCUGUAUAUCCAGUCUACAAAGCUGUAUCCACUAAGAGAGAACCUGGAAUAUGUGUUUCGUUUUGCAUUAAAAUAAAAUAAUUUCCCUAAUACCCACAUUCAUUGGACUAUAUGUUUCUGUGCAAUUUACUGAUGUUCCCUAUGCAGUCAAUCAUGAAGUUACUGUAUGGAAAGCAAGACAGUAAAUACAUUCAAUGACUGCAUGUGAGUGUGUUUUAGUGUGUCUGUGUGUGCGAGAUGUUGCUCUGAAAACAUGAAUGUGUGAAGCCAUUCGUCACAGGUUCCCAAAGACGAGCAAAAGUUUCAAUGAUAAAACAUUUGGAUUUGGUAGACAGACCGCCGCUCUACUUUUAAGAUUAGGCUUAAAACUUCUCUUUUAUUAAAGCUUAGAGUUAAGGCUGGAUCAGGUGGCCCUCAAUCCUUCCUUGGCAUCAUGGGCUGUCCUGUCCCCUCCCUGAUGGACAGUUGUUAAUCCUGCUGCCUCAGCAGAGCAACAAACACUAUCGAGGACAGCUCCCACCCUGGUGUUGACCUGUUCAACCUGCUUCACCCAAUCCAAGGACCUCCCUCUAUACACACACUAAACUACCAUAACUACUGUGCAAUACUUAAUUAAUGGUAAAUAUAUAACACUCUUUUCCCGAUGUUUGAAUAUUUGUUAUUUUUGAAUACUGUUCAUCUGUAUAUAGUGCUGCAUAACUAUGGACUUCACUCUUCUUUCUUUCUAACAUGUCUGCGGUACGGGUAUACCAUGUUUACAGGUACGGGUAUACCAUGUUUACAGGUACGGGUAUACCAUUGUAUAUGUUUAUAGUGACAAUAAAAAGCAUUCUAUUCUAUUCUAUUUACUCUGCAAUAGGUCAAGGCUGCUGGGGGAUUUCCAUGACGCAUUGUUUCUUCACUCGCUGCGUGUUUUUAGGCCUCUCUUUACGCAUUUAAUCAUUGGUUAUUCACCUCUGCCUCUCUUUCACCGUGUCUUUGUCCUGUUUUCAUCCACUCAGCCCCAACGGCAGUAAGUGGCAUUUUUGCUGGUCUAGUUCAUAACAUCUGAUGCAGACCUCGGAGAAAAUAAUAAUCAUCGCUUAUAAGAACUCACAAAUGUCACCGAGUUCCUUAAGGGAAAUUGCCAGAAUUCUCGGAAUGGACG